GUAGUGGGGGGGGGAAACACCCCGGAGCCCCCCAGAGGGGGAGAGUCUCUGAAGAGGAAGGACUGUCAGCCGGACCUCCUGCUGGGGCCCAGCCCUAAGAGGAGCACGGAGAGGAGGAACCGGGAGCAGGAGAACAAGUACAUCGAGGAGCUGGCCGAGCUGAUCUUCGCCAACAUCAACGACAUGGACGACCUCAACGUGAAGCCGGACAAGUGUGCCAUCCUCAAGGAGACGGUGAAGCAGAUCAGGCAGAUCAAGGAGCAGGAUAAAGCUCCAGUGGCUGAUACUGAGGAGGUGCAGAAGGCCGACGUCUCCUCCACAGGACCAGGCGUCAUCGAUAAAGACGCCCUCGGGCCCAUGAUGCUGGAGGCCCUCGACGGCUUCUUUUUCGUGGUCAACAUGGAGGGCAACAUCGUGUUCGUCUCGGAGAACGUCAGCCAGUACUUGCGCUGCCAGCAGGAGGAGCUGAUGAACACCAGCGUCUACAGCGUGCUGCACGUUGGCGACCACGCCGAGUUCGUCAAGAACCUCCUGCCCAAGAGCCUGGUCAAUCAUCGCAGCGGUGAUUCGUCCAACAGGAACAGCCACACGUUCACCUGCCGCAUGUUGGUGAACCCUCACACCGACGGUGAAGCCCGGCCGGCGUCUGAGCAGCAGGACGCGUCGCAGCAGAAGUACGAGACCAUGCAGUGUUUCGCCGUCUCCGAACCCAAGUCCAUCAAGGAGGAGGGGGAAGAUUUCCAGUCAUGUCUCAUCUGUGUGGCAAGAAGAGUCCCCGUCAAAGAGAGACCUGUGAUGCCCACCUACGAGAGCUUCACCACGCGACAGGACCUUCAAGGUAAGAUCACGUCGCUGGACACCAGUCUGCUCCGUGCGUCCAUGAAGCCGGGCUGGGAGGACCUGGUUCGGCGUUGCAUCCAGAGGUUUCACCUGCAGAAUGACGGGGAGAUGUCCUUCGCUAAGAAACACCAGCAAGACGUGUUGAGGAUCGGCCAUGCUCUCAGCCCUCUGUACAGAUUCUCCCUGGCUGACGGCACCAUCGUCUCAGCUCACACCAAGAGCAAGCUGGUCCGAUGUCCAGCCACCAACGAACCACAGCUCUACAUGUCCCUGCACAUCCUGCAGAGGGAGAACAUGAGUGGCAUGACUGCAGACAUGCCGGGCGGUCAGAGCAUGACUAAGCCAAUGACCCCAACCAGUGUGAGUGGUGCCUCCCCUUCCCCUGAUGCCAGCGUCACCAGCAACACGCACCACUCCCCCACGCCCUCCAGCACGCCCUCCAGCACCCCCGGACGUGGUUUUGUAGCCGUAUCGGGUCGGGCGUCCACCCCUCAGGCGCUCAAGCUGGGCAGCCCUUUGGCCCAGGGAAGCCCCAGCGUCACGUCAGGCGCCAUGUUGUCUCCUCGCCAUCGCCAGAGCCCCAGCAUGGCGGCUAGCAGCAGCAGCAGCAGCAGCUGUAGUAGCCCUCACCUGCAACAUCCUCCUGGUUCUUUCUCCCCUGCAGCCGGAGUCCACUCGCCAGCAUCCUUAUGCGGCAGCACAGGAAAUGGCCAAGGGUUCAACUCCCUUAGUGCAUUGCAGGCUCUCAGCCAGGGCCACGGGGUUUCCCAGGGACUCAUCGAGGGGCAGCAACCAGAGUCACCUGACAAAGAGAACAGUCCCAGCUUAGAGGCCGACUUGCUGGGAACUUUUGGGGAGCAGCAAGACUUGCUGUCCCCAAACCAGGACGGAGAACAGGAGAAAGAUGGCGAUAGCUUCGAAGGUAAUGGAAGCUUAGGGGAGCUGGACGACGCCCCAAAUCGCCCUCUGAACACAAAGGGGCACACAAAGCUCCUCCAGCUCCUCACCACCAAAUCAGAGUCCUCUGAUCCUUGCUCAUCACCCCCACUGGGGGACGACCCGAACUGCAAGGACCAGCUGGGCGGGGUCGGGGGUGUUGGUGGUGCUGGGCACAACAACCACUCCACCUCGCUAAAGGAGAAACACAAAAUCCUCCACAGGUUGCUGCAGAACAGCACCUCGCCCGUGGAGCUGGCCAAGCUAACGGCGGAGGCCACCGGAAAAGACCCCGUCGGUCCCGAGUCGGCUUCGGGGGACAACGCGGCCGCCCUGGGUGAGCUCUGCCCAAAACAGGAGCCGGGGAGCCCCAAGAAGAAGGACAAUGCGCUGCUGCGCUAUCUGCUGGACAGGGACGAUAACGGCAUCCUGGACAAAGCCAUCAAGAUGGAGCCCGGAGACGGACCCCAGCUGUCCAACGUUAAGACCGAGACACAGGAGGCAGACUUCAGCGUGGCGGAGCAGACCAGUGAGCUGGAGGACCUGCUGGAGGACCUGCAGAGCGGCGGCCAGCAGCAGCUGUUCGCGGGCCAGCCGCCAGUCAGAGGACCAGCCUCCUCCUCUUCAUCCUCCUCUCCCUCUGUGGCGCCUGGUUCCUCUGUGGACAAACAGAGCAUCAUCAGUGACAUCCUGCAGAUGACGGACGGUGGCGGCGGUGGCGGCGGCGGCGGCAGCCCCCCCAACCAGCACAGAGCCUUCCCUCCCAUCAGCCCUGCAACAGGCUUUAACAGCGCCAGGCCGGGCCAGCCGGGUCGAGGUGCUCCUCCGGUCAGGAUCGCCUCUCUGGACAGCAGUGUGGGCCCCAACCCCAACGCUGGCAGGCCGUUCCCUCCUCAGCACAGGAACAACGGGCCCUACUCCUUACUGCAGCAGCAGCAGCAACAGCAGCAAGGCAUGAUGGGAACCCACGCAGGCAUGACCAACCAGGCUGUGAUGGCUAAUCCAGGCAUGCUGAGUAUGCGAGGCUCCAUGCAGCAGGGCUGGGGUGCCCAGGGGCCCAUGGGGGGCACCGCGGGGCCGAUGAUGGGCCAAGGGGUCGGACCGAGUCGGAUGGUCCCCAACAUGAACGCUGCGCUGCACUCGAGAGGCCCGGCCGGAUCCAGAGCCAUGGCCGGCAUGCAGAUGAUGAACAACGAGAUGGAGAUGGCAACACCCGCCUACACUCAGCAACAUGCUCCGCCCAAUCAGACCGCACCGUGGACAAACCGAAUGAUAGCUGUGGAUCAUUAUGGAAACCAAAGCAGGCCACCGUACUGCGCCCCCCAGGAGGACGGGAUGCGGUGCUGCGAGGGCCCGCCAGAUGAAGGGGCCCUGCUGAGCCAGCUGUGCUCGGUGUUGAAGGACUACGAGGGUCUGGAGGAGAUCGACAAGAUGCUGGGGAUCCCGACUCUGGCUGGACAGGGUCCCAUGUCGGACCAGGACCAGUACCUCGGCUCCUCGGACCCGGCGGCCAACAUGAAGCAUUUCCUGUACAGUCAACACUACGGCGGCCUGCCGGGUUACGGCAGCGCGCCUCCCGACAGCGGCUUCCACGGCCCGUCUGUGAGCGGCCACAUGGGGCCGCAGAGGAUGCCGCCCGCCGGUUACCCCCCGAUGAUGAGGAUGCCGGGGGGCGCGGGGCCCAGGCCGGUCGGGAUCCGGCCGGGGGGCCCCGGUCCAGGAGUGCCACCUCAACCCAACAACCUGAGGCUCCAGCUGCAGCACAGACUCCAGGCUCAGUUGAACCGCCAGCCAAUGGUGAACCAGAUGAGUGGAGUGUCCAAUAUGAAUCUACCUCUAAGGGCUAAUGUACCAAACCAGGGAACCCUCAACGCUCAGAUGCUGGCCCAGCGUCAGCGCGAGUACCUCAGCAACCACCUCCGCCAACGCCAACAACAGCAGCAGCAGCAGCAGCACGUGCACCAGCAGCGCACCAUGAUGAUGCGCACUCAGGGCAUCAGCAUGCCGCCCAGCGGGGGCACCGCCCCCACGCCGAUGCCCGUGGGCGGCACCAACCCGCGGCUCCCGCAGGGCAACCCACAGGGCAACCCGCAGCAGUUCCCCUACCCGGCCUCCAGCUACGGUACCGGCCUGCCCUCUCCUCCUCCACCUCCUCAUCCCGGCUCCUCCAGCCCCUUCUCCUCCCCUCUCUCCCCCAGCCAUCACCUGGCUAGCCAGGGCAUGAUGGGGAAUGUAGGCGGGCAGUACAGCGGGGUAAUGAGUCCCCCGUCACAGCACAGUGCCUACCAGUUCAGCAGUUCAGGAAUGAGCCAGCAGCAGCAGCAGCAGCAGCAGCACCAGGACCCCGUGUCAGGUUUUCCGUGCGGGGCUGCGACCCCUCAGAGCCCCCUGCUGUCUCCCAGGAUGGGUCGGGGUCAGAGCCCCCUGCUGCAGCAGAUCCAGGGCCAACCCCAAACCCAGCCCCAGGGUCCGACCCAGAGAGGAGCUCCGGCCUACCAGCCGAGCCCCGGGUGGUCCCAACCUGCCAACAUCUCCGCCAGCAGCAGCGUGUACCCCCAACAGUCCCAGUCGCAGUACUCCACACAAGCCAGCGGGGGAAUGUACAACAGCAACAUGAACCUGGGAGUCAUGGCCAACAGCGGGGGCAACAUGAACCACCUGUCAGGACAGAUGAGCUCCAUGAACACAGAGCAGGUGAGGGACGGCAGCCUGAUCCUGGAGCAGCUGGCGGGAAUGGACAUGUUGACGCAAGAGGGCGAAGCCAAUUCUAACUUCUGCUGACCCCGGCUUCGGUUGAGACAAGGUGACGCAGGCAAAAACACUGACGCCUACUCCGCUCAGCUCACGGAGGAGCGUCGAGGAGUCGAGGACCUGUGACGGUAACUCUGCUCCCUCCGCAGGGAGAGGACAGCCGUGCAGACUGUAUAUGAAGGGCACGUCUCUUUGUGCGCGUUUGUGUGUGAAUGUGAAACAGUUCGACACUGGAGACGUGAACGGUUGACGAGCUUAAAUGAAACCUCUGCAUUUGAUCUUUUACGGUUCUGUUUUAGAGCCUGACUGAAAACAUUCAAAUGAGAAGGUUUAUGAUAUAAUAUUUUACAGGUAUUUAUAGUUUUGAAGAAGUUUUAGAGAUUCUUUGUAUGACACAAAAAAAGAAUCAAGGAUAUGAAAAUCUCUUAAAAUGGUACAUUUUGAUGUCAAUUUUAAAAUUAAUAUAUUUCAACUGCUGUAGUUACAGGGGAGCUGUAUCCCUAUUUAAUGACUUUUUGAAUGAAGGUGAAUGUGUAUAGAUGGUGUACAUACGUAGAUUUAAAAUACCCCUUUUUCCUCGUUGUGGUAUUGCAAAAACAGCAGUUUGGAGUUUCAGUCCAACAAACAGAGAGCAGAGAUAUGUCGGUUAACUGAAACCUCAGUGGGUGGAGCUCCAGAACCACAAGAUGACAAUAGAGGAAGUCAAUUCACACGGCGUUCUCAAAGCAUGUCAGAUAGUUGCCCGGGGUUUGUGAAAAAAAACGUACAAAAAGUGUCUCAAGACUCGUUGACCGGCGAACAAUCCUCACCUCUCCAUCUUUACAAUCACAACCGUCUAGACACAACCUCACUCGAAUGGAAAACACAGUACUAUAUAUAUAUAUUUAUAUAUACUGUAUAUAUAUAUAAAUAGCAAACAGUGCAGGAAUACUGUGUUAUAAGUAAAAGUCCUGCAUUCAAAAUGUCACUAGAGUAAAAGUAUUUGCAUCAAAAUAUACUUAAAGUACCAAAA